AUGGAGCAAUCAGAAGUUAUUAUGGGUGAAGUUUCGCCAUUGGAACAUUCGCAUGGUAAUUCCGACGUAUCCGAUACUGAAAUGAAAGAGCCCGAACCGGACUUUUAUUCUGCAAGAACUUCAAUGGCGAGUACACCUACAACAGAUUACUUUCCUGACAGUGAAGAAGAGCUUUAUGAUGACGAGCCAAGUGAACUUCCUGCUAUUCCAAUAAACUAUAAUCGAGGUCGUCGUACUUCUGUAAGCGCUGAAUCAAUGGCUCCUAGUCUAGAUAAAGAUUAUGUUAAGGUUAUUAUUCCAAAAACACAAGAACAAAGAGAGCGGAUAGAAACUUCUAUUGAAAAUAACUUUUUAUUUAAAAACCUUGAUGAAGAGCAGUAUAAAGACGUUAUUGAUGCUAUGGUUGAAAAAAGAGUUUUAAAUCAAGAAGCGAUUAUUAAACAAGGUGGAAUUGGUGACUUUUUUUAUGUAGUAGAAACUGGUACAUUUGAUGUUUAUGUUUCGAAAAAUGGUGUUCAAGACAAAGUUCAUAAUUAUGGCCCCGGUGGUAGUUUUGGUGAAUUGGCUUUAAUGUACAAUGCUCCACGAGCGGCCACUGUGGUUGCUACCUCAGAUUCGGUACUUUGGGCUCUUGAUAGAGUAACUUUUAGAAGAAUUUUAAUGGAAAAUACUUCUCGUAAACGUAAGAUGUAUGAAUCAUUUCUCGAGGAAGUUCCGAUCCUAGUGUCAUUAGAACCUUAUGAAAGGCAUAAAAUCGCUGAUGCGUUAGAGUCCGCGAUUUAUGAAGAUGGUCAAUUGGUAAUUAAACAAGGUGACAUUGGUAAUAAUUUCUUCCUAAUAGAAUCUGGCGAUGCUCGCGUAACAAAAAUUGAUGAAGGAGGAAUUGAACAUGAGCUACCUGGGUUGAAAAAAGGAGAUUACUUUGGAGAGCUUGCUUUACUUAACAACAAACCCCGUGCCGUAAAUAUAACUGCAAAAGGUCGAUUAAAGGUUGCUACGUUAGGCAAGAAAGCUUUCGUCCGAUUAUUAGGCCCUAUUGUCGAUAUCUUGAAACGUAACAGCGAUAAUUAUGAGACUAUCACACGUAAUGUUCAUCAAUAG